AUGUAAAAUUAUAGUAGUGAUGAAGAAAUUUCCUCUAUUCCAGAAGAUGAAUAUUAAGAAUAUGAUAAAUAAGAAUUUGAAGCGAUACAAUUUGCUGAUAACAAAUAAAAUAUAAAUGAAGCUGAUGAAGAUAAUGAUGAUGAAAAUGAAAGUAAAGAUGAUAUAGAAUAAGAAAAACAUCAUUAAAUAUAAAAAAAUGGAAUAAAAUUUAGAUUACCACAAAGAAAUUAAAUUGAAAAUAAAAUAUCUCAAUCAAAUUUAAAUAAUGUUAAAGUAUUGACAGAAACAACAAAUUAAUUAAAAAACACAAGUAAGAUUGAAAAUAGACCAUCAACUGCUUCAUCUUAUAAACCUAUCUAUACUACAAGUAUUCAUUAAAGUUAAUAAAUGCAAAAAAAAUAUAAUUAUAAAUAAAAGUCAUUUAAUACUUUACCAAAAAGAUCUGAUCCAGUUGCUAGAUAUUAAUAAAUGUCUUAAUAAUGGAAAAAAACUAAAUUUUUAUAAAAUACUAAUGGAUUAAAGGAGGGUAGGAAAUUAAAUUUAGAUACAAGAAUUGAAUUUUAAAAAUAAGAAUUAAAAGAAUCUGGAAUGUUUCAUAGAUAUAUUGCAAAAUCUCAAUUAUUUUUGUGA